CUGUAUGCGACAACGUUUGGCACGCAAAUAAAGAACCUUUCGGAGGAUAGCCCAGUGAUGGAGCAUGGGAACACGCAGUAGUAGCAGUGCAGGAGGUGGGGAAACUCCAGGAGAUUCUCCAGAGGACUCCCAAAAUAGUCUAGGGUCUCAUGGUCUUCAGAAUGAUGAUGAUGAGGAGGAGAACGUUGACCUGGCGCAGGUACUGGCGUAUCUUCUGCGCAGGGGGCAAGUGCGAUUAGUGCAGGGAGGGGGCCCUGCUAGCUUACACCUGGUGCAAUCUAUGUCUGACUCAGAUGAUGACAAUGACAGUGCCUGGGAGGGCUGCUUAGGAGACCGCUAUAUUCCUCCUGUUGAUUCAGCCCCAGACACCACAUUACUCGAUCAAAAUCAGAUCAGAACACAGAUUCUUCUGGCCACAGCGAGACAAAGCACACUAAGGCAACGUAGCAUUACACGUCUGCUAUUGCAGAGAGAGCGGGCAGGAUGCGGAUUUACUGUGGGAGAACGAUGUCGUGUAACAUCUCAUUUCCUCCCAAAUCAUGUAUGUGCCACAGACUCAUACUCCCAGAAGGCUUUCUGCGGGGUGUAUUCCCCCAAUGGAUCCGUCUUUAUGUCAGCAUGCCAGGAUCAAAACAUUCGCCUAUAUGAUUGUAGAAAUGGUGCCUUUAAGAAGUUCCGCACUGUUAAGGCUCGGGAUGUGGGCUGGAGUGUCUUGGAUGUGGCAUUUACCCCGGAUGGAGGACAUUUUUUGUACUCCAGCUGGUCUGACUACAUCCAUGUCUGUAAUAUAUACGGAGAUACUGACUCACACACUGCUCUGGAUCUGAGACCCUCAGAACGUCGUUUUGCCGUUUUCUCCAUCACUGUAUCUUCUGAUGGGCGGGAAGUUCUAGGAGGGGCCAAUGAUGGAUGUGUAUAUGUGUACGACCGUGAGCAGAAUGUUCGAACACUCAAGAUUGCUUCCCAUGAGGAUGAUGUGAAUGCUGUCUCAUUUGCUGAUGACAGUUGCCAUAUAGUUUACUCUGGGGGUGAUGAUGCACUAUGUAAAGUGUGGGACCGCCGAACAAUGCGAGAAGAUGAUCCCAAACCAGUGGGGGUAUUAGCUGGCCAUCAAGAUGGCAUUACUUUCAUACAUAGCAAGGGGGAUGCUCGUUACCUACUCUCUAACUCAAAGGAUCAGAGUAUAAAGCUCUGGGAUAUCCGGAGAUUUUCAGGGCCAGAAGGACUUGAGGCCUCACGCAAGGCAGUUACUCAUCAAAACUGGGACUACAGAUGGCAGCAAGUUCCCAAGAGAGCUCUCAGGAAGAAACGUCUAACAGGAGACACUUCCCUAAUGACAUACCGUGGACACGGUGUCCUACACACACUGAUUCGUUGUCGCUUCUCCCCUGCAUACAGCACUGGCCAGCAGUUUGUGUACAGUGGCUGUUCCACAGGUCGAGUUGUAGUUUAUGAUUUGUUAACGGGUCAGAUAGUGAAGAAACUGACAAAUCACAAAGCAUGUGUAAGAGAUGUAAGCUGGCAUCCAUGUGACAACAAGCUUGUGAGCAGCUCUUGGGACGGUAACCUCCGUGUCUGGGAAUAUCGCCAGGCUGAGUUUUACCCUGAAGACCUGCGUACCCCUCCAAUGGAAUCUAGCUGAUAUGUGCCAUGACAGAGAUGUAUAUGUGUACACUAGAGGGGAAAGGACGGCAUAGAAUUGUAUAAAAUGUGAGGUGCUAAAUCUCUGAUUGUGUGAACAAAUCUAUAUAUAUAUAUACACACUCAAAGUUAAAAACAAAAUACAUAAUGGACAGCAUUUUGAUUCUACCUAUUUUGCCACAAUAUAUGCAAAUCUUUGACUUCUAAUUUCAGGAUUUACUUUAAAUGUAUGUUUAAGUUCAGUGGAGAAGAAUUUAUGUUAGGUAUGUACAUUUUCAGGUGUGCAAUAAUUAGGCAUGAAUUCUGUACGGCAUGUGUUUACAUGCAGUUUAUGUUAGUAAAACAGCAUGAAAAAAAAGGUGACACUGUUGAUAUACUAACAGGUGAUAUUGAAUGCAGGGCCGUUACAUGUUAGGAAGAUGGGGGGAUGUUAAUAAUAUGUGAUACAUAAUGGGGGUGGGGGGCUUGCUGUAUUUCUGAUCGCUUUUAAGGAUUCUCUAAUAAACCUUUCUCAAACAUUUA